AUGUCACUGAUUCAAAGCAUAGACAAGGUAGAUGUGUCAAAACUCACCUCGGGACAGGUUGUAAUUGAUCUUCGGUCACUCGCCAAGGAACUUGUUGAAAAUGCCAUCGAUGCUUCCGCGUCAAAGAUUGUAGUCAACUUCAUCAACUAUGGUAUCGAUUCAAUAACUGUCCUGGAUAAUGGCAAAGGAAUUGAAAAGGACGAUUUUGCAACGGUUUGCUUACGAAGCCAUACUUCUAAAAUCAAUGAUAUGGAUGAUUUAACUAAGUUGGGAACAUUGGGGUUUCGAGGUGAAGCGUUGAAUUCAAUUUGUGCAUUAUCAACUAAAGUGACUAUAAUUACGCUGACAUUGGAUACGUACCCGAGAAACUAUACCCUAAAAUACGACCAGCUUGGAAAAUUACAAGAAGAAACGUCGAAAUUAGGUGGAAUGAGUAAUAAAUCAGGUACGACGGUAUCUAUUGAGCAUUUAUUCAAGAAUUUUACUGUUCGGCGAAAGAAUUUUAUCAAAAACUCCAAGAGAGAGUUUCAUAAAGCGGUAAAUUUCAUCAUAAACUAUUUGCUAAUAUAUCCAGAGAUCAAAUUUGAAGUUACAAACACAAAUUCCAGUGGCAGAAAACAAUUGGUUUUAUCAUCAAAGGGUGGAGAGAAUAAUACCACCGUGGAAAAUUUAAUUACAAUUUAUGGCAAUAAUGGAAAUACCAGUUUACUUGACGUUGAUAUUGAACUUGAUUGCGAUGCAAAAUUAUCUGGUUAUAUCUCAUCGUAUUCCUUUGGAUUGGGACGGUCAACUCCUGAUAGGCAGUUUUUAUUUGUCAACAAAAGACCCAUUGUGUUUCGGAAACUAACAAUGUUAAUAAAUGAAGUUUACAAAUCGUUUAACCAUGUACAGUAUCCGAUAUAUGUAUUAAAUCUUGAGAUUGAUCCAGAGCUCAUUGAUGUUAAUGUUUUGCCCGACAAGACUAAUGUGUUGAUUCACAAUGAGGCUCGCAUAUUGGAAUCUAUACGUGAAUCUCUUGUUGAAUUUUACACACUGCAUGAUAGAGUUCUCAUCCCAAAAAGUAUGCGAGAGCAGGUGCCAUUCAAUGAGCAAGCUACCACCACCAUUGUCGAACUGACUUCAAAUCAAGCGGAUACCAAAGUUCGUACAAUUGAUAUCAAAAAGUUUAUCAAAAAGGAAGAAGAAGAUAGCAUUGAUAGUUUGGAACCUGAAAACGUUGACUCAUUAAGCGGGCACGUUGGUCGUGCAAGCGAUGUCAAUGAGUUUGCAUCGAACAACAGGGAGUUUGAAGUUGCUCAAUCAAUUGAAUCUACUGCAAGAACAGAGUCGUUAUUUUGUCAAGAUUCAGAGCUUGAAGAAGCAGACUCAUUGGAGAAACCGCGCUUGUUAACUACGCAAGCACAAACUCGAAAUGGUGUUGAAGUUUUGCGUUCAAUUGAUGACCGGAAGUUGAAUGAACUGGAGUCUAUUCAAUCUCAGCUGCAGGCAAAUGAUUUUGAUAACCCAAAGGAUACACAUAAAGAGACUAUUGUUGAAACUGACAAUGAUGCUGAUAACGAUGAAGUAAAGGAGACUGAACUGGUGAAUGGGACUCACGAGGGGAAAAGCGCAGUCCUGGCUCAACGGGUCAGUAGUAGUAGUAUAUGGUCGACUGGGGAUGAUGGUGUAGCUGAAAAUCAACACGUCGAGACUCCUCACACGUCGCAACCAUUGCAAAAUUUUUCCUACAAUGAACCCGAGACUCAAAUGGACAUUGGCGAAUUGCAAGAUAAUCAUGGUGUAAACUUUUACCCCAGGCAAGAAGAACCCAACGAAAAAAGUUUAUAUAUGAGAAUUGGCAAUGAAGAAUUCGAAGAAAGACCAGCAAAGAGAUUCAAAUCGUCAAGUUUGUACACCAAAACGAAAAAACUAUCGUCGCAACAAGUGUUGGCAAAGAUAUGUUCUUUGCGAAGCUUUAAUAACGACACUAACAAUAUAAAGAAAUGUCAAACCAUAAAAGUUAAUCAAACAUUGGAAGAUGAGGGGAUCUAUCACAUCUCCAAGUCAGAUUUUCUUAAAAUGAAAAUAAUCGGACAAUUCAACUUGGGUUUCAUAUUGGUUAAUCAUGGAACCAAUGUAUUCAUUAUUGAUCAGCAUGCAUCUGAUGAAAAAUACAAUUUUGAGAAAUUGAUUGAACAGUACAGUAUUCAAAACCAACUAUUAAUCAAACCUCAUCCACUUGAGCUAAACAUUAUUGAUGAAAUGUUGGUAAUUGAUCAUGAACCAGUCUUUAGAAACAAUGGAUUCAAAUUCAACAUCAACCAUGAGGGUAAACUUGGGUCAAGGAUUGUCCUCACUUCAUUACCAGUAUACAAAAACAUCAUGUUUGAUACCAAUGAUUUCAUGGAACUUAUCAAUUUAAUCAAUGAACAACCAAGUAAUAAGCAUAUCAAAUGUUCCAAAAUUAGGAAGAUUCUUGCCAUGAAGGCAUGUCGAAGUAGCAUAAUGAUUGGAUCGUCAUUGUCGAGACACAAGAUGACGCAAGUUGUACGAAAUUUGAGUCGUCUUGAUAAACCAUGGAAUUGUCCUCAUGGGAGACCUACUAUGAGGCAUUUGAGUGAGUUGGAAAAUUGGAAGAGUAAAUACAAUGAUUAUAGCUUAUGA